CGAGCCCCGACGCCGCCACCGGCUGCUCACGACCUCCAGCGCCCGCCCCCGAGCCCCGACGUCUCCCGCGGACUCUCGUGGUCGUGGCUGCAGAGAGCGCGAUUUUGGGGCGGAGCUGCGAGGAGCGGAGACCUCCGACCCCCGUUUGGUAGGCGGAGACGCGCGAAGCUGCGCGUGAAGCGGGUUCCAGAAUCGCUACCAAACGGGGCCUAACCCGCCCCGGUUUGGCUAGGGUUUGUCCCGUCUCGGAACCGAUCAGGUCGGCAGGUCGCCGCCGCCGCGAUGCAGAGGUACGGGCUGCAGAUCCGCACGAAGCCGCCAUCGUCCUCGUCGUCACGCAAGCCGCCGCCUCCGGCGCGGCCCCUGGCGGCCUUCGCCGACGAUGACGACGACGACGUGGAGAAAGAAAUCCUCCGCCAGGCGGCCAAGAAGCGCGCCCUCCAGAAGGUAGAGGAGCAGCAGAAGAAGGCCUUGGAGGAGGAUCCCUCGGUGUACGCCUACGACGAGCUGUACGAUGAAAUGAAAGAGAAGGAAGCCCGCCCUAAGAUGCAGGAUAAGGUCGUCCGUGAGUCAAAGUAUAUUGCACAACUUAAGGAAAAAGCAGAGCUACGCAAACGAGAACAGGAUAUAAUAUACGAGAGGAAGCUUCAGAAAGAGAGAAGCAAGGAGGACCACCUCUUUGGGGACAAGGAUAAAUUUGUAACAUCUGCCUACAGGAAGAAACUUGAGGAGCAGCAAAAGUGGCUUGAAGAAGAGAGAAUGAGGCAGCUUCGAGAAGAAAAGGAAGAUGUAACUAAAAAGAAAGACUUGAGUGAUUUUUACUUCGGACUUGAGAGAAAUGUUGCUUUUGGUGCACGGACACAUGGUAACACAAAAUGUGCUGACCCUCAAAAGUCGGACAAUCAACCGGAGGAUACAAAUCCUAGUAGUCUUGAUGCUGAAGCUUCUGAACCUUCUCCAAAGCGUAGAAGAGAAUCCAGUGUAGGAUCGGAGGGGACUAAGAGUAUGGAAGAACCCUCGGCAAGUCGAACGAGGGAUUCAACAGCUGUUGCAUCUACUGAGAAAAAUGCUGCCGAUGUUCCAUCAAAUGCUAAAGAGACCCCACAAAACACUCAGCCAGUAAAGGUUACUGAUGAUCACUACAAGAGAGGUGAUGAUGCACUUGCAGCUGCUAGAGCGCGAGCACUGGCCCGAAAGAAAGCAAAGGAGCAGCAAUUGUGAAGUACAAGGCAGAAAAGUUUACCGAUCCUUGAGGCAUAAUUUCAUAUUUUAUUUAAUAGGAUUGUGUAAAGAUGUUACCUGGUAGCUUCCUUGCACCUUGAAAAGCAUUUUAUUUGUGGAUGAUGCAUAUGUGGAUAUUUCUGUUGUAAAAUGACACCUUCACGUGCUAUCUUCUGCGAGUAAAAUUGGUGUUUUGACACGUCAACUAGUUUGAUUUGAAAAA